CUUGAUCCAUCAUGUUUUGCCAACCAGAAAGGUUUGUAUAGACAAUGUUUCAUCAGGUAGCUGAUGUUAAGUACUGCAUACUGAUUUAGUUUUGUUUCAUCUUCAGACCAUAAAGGAAUUGAUAGCCAAGAAAACAUGCGGAGGAACUCGAACGAGUGAAAAUGGAAGUACAGCAAGCUGUGGCAAUCCAGCACUACAGCCAAAGAAAAGCUUGCUCAAGUGCAGCAGCAGAUGGGACGGCCCAUCUUGAAACUUAUCAACGAGAUUUAACUCCACUUACGGCUGAUGAGUGUGACAUCGUAAGGGAAACACUUCUUGUGGUGGCCCCUUUCCAUCAGGCCACAGUGGAGUUGUCUGAGGAGAGGAGAGUUUCAGAAUCAAAGGUAAUCCUGAUGAUGAAAAUGCUAUAUUGUGCACUUGAGCGGAACUCUUUACAUCUACACACACAAGCAGCCACCCAUCUCCAUGACCAACUUAGGCGUCGUGUCACAGACACUGCUUCUAAUCUGGAGUCAUUAAGUGUGUUGACCCUCUCAACACUUUUAGACCCCAGAUUUAAAACACUCGGAUUUCGUAGUUCCUCCAAGUGUAGUGAGGCAGUCAAUCGCCUGAAAGUGGAGUGUGCUGCAGUAAUUGCCCGCACAACAUCUGAGCCACAGCCUGGACCUUCAUCAGAGCAGUCACCUGUUCCAGAAAACCUGUGGCAGUGGCUCGAUGAAGAAGUUGGCAGACAAACAAACAAUGCAACAGCAGACUCCAUCAUUGAGGUCCAGCGCUACUUGGCGGAGAGAAGCAUUCCACGAUCAGAGGAUCCUUUAACGUACUGGGGGAAUAGAAGAACAUCUUAUCCUAACCUUUUUCACCUGGCAUUACAGUUUGUGUACCCCAGCUUCAUCUGUGCCCUGUGA